AUGAUUCUAUUGAUUGCAAAUAAUGGGGAAUACGUGGAAGACAUCUCGCUGCCAAGUGUUGAAAAAUUAGUCAUUAAUUCGGUUACGACAUAUUCUUGUCCAAAGAAUGGAUUAGUUAUUUUUGCGGGCCGUAAAGAUGGUUCAAUUGCUACAUAUACAACUGGCGAAAUCAAACCACUGCGUGUACUGCAUGAACACCGAAUGAAUGUGUGUACACUAAGUACUGAUCCUGAGGUUGGAAAGUUAUUAAGUGGAUCCUGGGAUAACACUGCAAUAGUUUGGCCAAUCAAAGAAAUCAUUAAUGAUUUAAGUUUUGAGGCCUUGUGUUUGGAGGGACACAAGCUCUCAGUAUGGGCAGUUGUUAGCAUACCUGGACGACCUGGUUUCUACUUAACUGGUUCAGCGGAUCGAACUAUCAAAUAUUGGGAAGGAGAUAUCGUAAUCAACUCAUUCUCAGGUCAUGAAGAUGUUGUAAGAUCUCUAGUUGUGCUUUCUAAACAUUUGUUCCUCUCUGCCGCUAAUGAUUCAACGAUUCGAGUUUGGGAUAUAAAUGCAGGAGUUUGUCUUCAAAAAUACUUCUCUACAGCCAACGAAUAUAUUUACAGUCUAACAUCUGCUAACAUGUCUGGUCGUAAUUUGGUUGCCAAUGUCGGUGAAAGUGGCUUUCUGGAAAUUUGGGAUGUUAGCGAAAAUGGUUCACUGCAUCAUAAGCAAUUGAUUAAAACACCUGCACAAAGUCUUUGGUCUGUUGCCUUCUUGAAAAAUAGUGAUAUUGCUGUUGGUGCAAGUGAUGGAAACAUUUAUAUUUUCACUACUGUUCUGGAACGCAGAGCAAAUGCUCGUGCAAUGCAACUUUUUCAAAAUGUUGUUUCGAGAGAAGUCGCUAAGAGUGAAGCGGUCAUGGCUGCACAGCAGAAUGAAACAGUCAAAAUAAGAGUAGCCGUGGGAAAUGGAGAACCUAAUAUUGAAUUGCGAUAUAAUAAAGGAUCAGAUCCAUAUGACGCGGCGCGGAUAUUCUUAAUGGAAAAUAACUUACCUCUAUCAUAUAUGGAUGAAGUUGUGCAGUACAUUAUCGAAAAUAUAGUUGAAGCACGUCAAGCGCAUAGCAGAAGCAUGCCACCCCAAUCAAAACCUUCUGAAAAGUGUCAUUUACAUGGAAAGGUUUGUGCCCAACCUCGUUUCCACGUUCCUGAGAAAUUUAGUGGCUCCAACAAACUUGAAUUAGAUAGCAAACGACCACGUAGUGAACUUGUUCCCCUAUCUAGUUUUUUCCAGUUUGGCAUUGAACAAACGUCUGUAAAAGCAAUUUCGAAACUUCGAGAGCUGAACGAAUUACAGGAUCACCAUAAAUUGAAUGAAGAGCAGUUAAAUGCUUUGGAGGAUAUUUUGAAAAGCUCAUCGUACGAACUGAAAGAUAUUCAUGUUUUUGCAAUUGAUACCGCUCUCGAAUGGAACAUUGAUGCAAUUGUUCCAGUCAUGGAUGUGUUUCGAUUAGCACUGUUAAACAUCACACUUAAUGAGAUUUAUUGUUCUCUGGAAACGAAAAACGAGGGAAUGGCCAGAGGUUUACAAACUUUGCAACGACUGACAAAUUUUUUAGUAAGUGCAAAUUCCGAUCCUGUUCGUAUUUUAACUUGCCGUGCUAUAGCCAAUGCUGCUCUUCACCAGUGGGGUCGUACAAUGCUUAUUCAUGAUAUGACUACAGUGAUUAGAUGCGUUGCUGUCCAGUUAAUUAGUGCAAAACAUGCUUUGCAACUUGCAGCAGCUUCAGCAUUGGCAAACUGGGCAUUGAUUUUUCUGGAGGAAACAGAAUGUGGUAAAGUUGCCGAACUUGGUCCCCGAGAAGAUGCUUUACAAGCCAUCAUUCAGGCUAUUGAAAAUAUCGCGAGUUUUGGUGAUUUUAAUCAAACAGCAUUAAUUCGUCUCCUCCAGGCAAUCGUUACUUUAAUGUGGGGUGAUAUCGCUGUUAUUCAGUUUGCCAAAGGUCGAAAUAUCAUUGGUAUAGUAAAUCGAGUUAAGGAUGCUGUAGUGGAUGAAUCCGGAAAAAGUAUUGCUAGAGAUAUCGCUCAGAUGGCAUAUUCAUUAUGA